UCCCUCUAACUGUCUCCAGAGGCAAUCCAGACACGCUGUAACAUGAUGAAGAUACUGAUCAUUUUGGCAUCACUACUCCUUUGCCAGGCUGUGGUACUACCUUUAACACAGCCUGGUCGUGUUGUAAACUGUGAUGAUCCAGAAGUGCAUGAAGGAGCUAAUUUAGCCGUUAAACACAUUAAUAGUCAGCACAGAACUGGAUAUAAGUUUGCCUUAGAUCGGGUUGAAAAUGUCAACGUGCAGUCUUCGGCAUUUGGAGAAUUUUUUUACCUAGAGUUAGAUCUCUUGGAGACUCUAUGUCCAUCUCUGAGUCCAGUACCAGUAGAGAAUUGUUCUAUGAGGCCGAUAACUGAACAGGCAGUGGAAGGUGACUGUGAUGUCAAACUUCAGAAGCAAAAUGGCACCUUUACAGUCCUUAGAACCAAGUGCAAAUCUGAAUUAGAUUCAGCAGAAAACUUACUCAGAUCAUGUCCUGGCUGCCUGUUGGCACCUCUUAAUGAUACCCAGGUUGUGCAUGCAGUUGAUGUGUCCCUUAACAAAUUUAAUGGUGGGAACAACACAGCAUUUUACUUUCUCCAUGAGAUUGGCCGAGGAAGAAUUCAGUCUGGUAUCAGCAAUUCAGUACAUGCUGAGUAUAUUAUCGCAGCAAGUAACUGUACUAUAGAUGAUGUCAAUGCUGGAGUUGUCCCUUGUGUGGAGGAAACCGGAGCCAAUGCUCAUUUUGGAGCUUGCACUGGUACAGUUGUGACACACCAGGGAGCAGUGGAUGAAGAGGUUACUGUAACAUGUACAAUCUAUGAACCUCAGGUGGCAGAAGCUGUUGCACCUCCGGCACCUCCGGCACUACCACAGACAAAAGGUGUUCAUUCGCAUUUCCACCAUAGCCUUCACCUUGGCCCUCAGUCAUCUGAAUCCAACUCUGCUGAACAAGCUCAUCACGCUGUGAGAAGGUCACUUGCAGGGGAACAUGUGCCACAUCUUCCCUUGUGUCCUGGCAGGAAACUACACAACUAAAAUGCAGAAAAAUAAAAGGCUUAUUGUAGAGGUAGUAUAUUUGCUUUAGAGGUAGUAAUGUUGUACUUGUGCCUAAUGUUGUUAAUUUGUUUUGCUGUAUGUAACAAAAUCAGAUGCAAUAAUGUUACAAUUUUAGAUUCUGCAAUUAGGACAGAUAAUUGUGAUACUACCUAGAAAAACACAGGCCCACAAAUCGGUAUUUUAAAAAAUGCAGCCUGGUCUAGCAGGAAAUAUAUCUUUAGAAUGCUGAAGGCUGGGGCUUUCAUCUACAUCACAUCCAAUAGGAGAGAACUUGAUGAUAGUACAGAGAGUUAUCUUCUGACUUGUUGACUGCAGUAUUACACAUGGCAAGGUUGUCAGGAAGACAACAAGGCUAGUGUUAAAGGGGCUUCCCACCAUACGUCCCUAUCACCUAUCCACAGAAUAGGUGCUAAGUACCUGAUUAGAGGGGUCCAAUCACUGGGACCCUUAUUAAUUUUGAGCAGGGGCGUAGCUAGAAGUGACUGGGCCCCACAUCAAAUAUUUGUAUGACCCCCAGCCCCGGCUGCACAUAUAUAAUUAUAUACAGGAGAUACCCAGGUUAUACCAGCAUGAUCCAUAUCACUAUAUACAAGAAGAUGUUAUACGGUAUAAUAUUUUCUUGUAUAUAGCGAUAUGGACCAUGUAUAUAAUUAUAUAUGUGCAGCUGGUAAGUUAUAUGUAUAUAGUGAUAUGGGCCAUAUAACCUGGGUAUCUCCUUAUAUGAUUAUAUCUGUACAGCUGGUAUGAGUUAUUUAAUAAGAUGUAUAACUUAUACAAGGCCAGCUCAUAAGUUACCAAGGGCAGUCUCCAGAUGGUAACUAGUACCUAGUGGUUUGAGGUGGCUGAAGAUUAAGGAUGAGGUCGCCGACUCUGCGGCGGACUGGUUUGGCUGGCAGAGAGAGAGAGAGCUGCAAGGCAGGGCGAUGGGGUGAGUGAGUCUGAGACUAGUGGCAGUGGGCAUAGAGCUACUGGGCAGUGGCAUGUGGCAGACUAGUUCUGUGUGUGAGUCCGUCAGACUGUCACUGUCGUCACCUCCGUUGUCCGCAACCUGUGAGGCGAGGUCCCGGUCCCGACUCCCGCGCGGCGCUCCUCUGGUCCGGGCCCGGCUAGCACACGCUAGCAACUUUGACAUAAGCGUGCAUGCACAGCUUCAUGUUACCUCAGGCAAGACUAGAACUUGGUGGGCGGGCCUAAUUAGAACAGCGCUGGCUUGUACCAGCUUGAUUCUGGCAGUAAGAUGCACCAGGGGCAAGCUUGGGGCAGAGUGGAAGGGACUGGCCGGGCCCCCAAUGUCACCGGCGCCACCAUGCCAGUGUAUGUGAAGGGGCCAUGAAAAACGUAUUAAAUAAUCAUAAUGAAACUUGACACGCUGCCGGGCCCCUUGUCAGCCUGGACCCCGAAGCAGCCGCUUCCCCGGUAGUUACGCCACUGCCACACACCUUAUACUACAGGAACAUCUAUUACUGCAGAUAACCUGCAUGGAUGUCAAACUCAUGACAAUCCAGCUGUUGCAAAACUACAACUCCCAGCAUGCCCUAAUAGCUAUAGGAUGUACAGACAUGGUGGGAGAUGUAGUUUUACAAAAGCUGGAUUGUCAUGAGUUUGACAUGCCUGCCCUAGAGAAUGAGAGGCAGGGCAAGUUUUGAGGGACCCUCGUUCUUGGGACCAGUGGGGGUCCCAGCAACUGGACCCCCACAGAUCAGUUAGCUACCCUCUAUCCUGGGCACAAGCCUAUUAAAUGAUUUUGACUCUUGUG